AUGAUCAUGUACUCGUUUACCUCCCGUUUUUCACAAAAGACCCAAUGGGUUGUCGUCACCCUAGUCGUCCUGCUUUGCCUUGUCAGCCAGGUAACAGCGCGGGCGCUGGCUAUCGAAAUCAAGGAUGACUUGAGCACCUCCAUCGACUUUAACGCGCCGUUGGAUAUCGACACCUCGGAACCACCAACCAUCGAUGAAGGAGAAUGGAUCUUGCUAUCACCGGAGGAGGCGGAGUUGAAGCAUGGAGGGUUGAGGAAGCGUGAGGAAAAGGAAAUGACCUCCGUGGCAUCCGGCUCCGUGACAACCACCUUCCAAAUCGCCGUCUCUACCGUCACCGAGAAACCCACGGGUACUUCCACUUUCACCGCCGCCCGGGCCGAAGAGACCGCCGCCGUAUCGAGCUCCCUACCCAAGUUCUUCGACGGCAGUUUAUCCGCCAACUUUGGUCCCAACAGCAACUGCCCGGCUUUUCUCAACUCUUUUCUCAAUAACCAGACUUUCAACCAGUGCUACCCCAUCUCGUUAUUGAUGCAGGGCUCCCAAUCCUUCUUCCAAGCUCAACGCUCCCUCGUCUCGCUCACCCGCGUCCUCGACGCCUCGUGCUCUCCCAACGCCAACUUCUGCACCUCCUACCUCUCUUCGCUCGCCUCUGACCUCAUCUCGGACGCCAACUGCGGCGCUGAGUUCCGCGCCGGCCACACCGUCGUCCGCGACGCGUACGUCGCCCUGAUCGCCUACGCCCCCGUUCGCUCGGCUACCUGUCUGAAAGACACCACCACCUCCUCCUCCUCCUCUUCUUCAGAAGUAGUCGAAGGAUACUGCUACGCAAACGCCGUCAUGAACUUCACCAACCCUAGCUCCGUCUAUGUCUAUCACCUGGCGCUGAAUGUCAGUUUGCCCGGGUCGACGGUGCCGACCUGUGAUGGGUGUCUGAGGGAGACGAUGCAGGUCUAUCAUGCGGCUGCCGCCGACCGCAAGCAGCCCGUGGCGGGAGUUUAUGUGCAGGCAGCCAAGAUGGUGAAUGUGGUUUGUGGCGUGGGGUUUGCUAAUGAGACAUUGCCCGAGGAGAUAGUGUCGUCGUCCACGAGCGGUGGUGCAGGUACAUUGGGGUCAAGGAAGCUGGUGGUGGUAGUGCCGGUUUUUACGACGGUGGUGGCGGGGUUGGUGUGGUUGAUAUGA